AUGGUCAAGUGUUUAUGGUGUCUCAAAGAAUUAGGCUUUUUUGGAAUGCUUUUUCAUAAAGCUGUAUGUCUUGAAUAUCUAUACAGCAAAUGUUUAGAUAAAUUAUAAUAGGCUAAAUAGGCAAAGUUAAUAACUAAAGAAUAGUAUUUAAAAGAGAAACGUAAUCUAAGAGAAUAAUUUAUGUCACGAUUCAAACCUUAAGUCUAUGAAGCUUUUAUAAAAAGAUAAAAAGAGCAAUAAUAUAUUAUAAUUAAUCCAAAUGAUAUAUCUGUUGGUUUAGAAUCUGAUAUUGAAAUGAUAUCAAAAAAAGUAUGUAUUGAAAGCUAAGAGAUUUCAUAGAAAUCAUAAUUCUCAUAAUCAUUUCAAAAUUAAAUAGAACCUAAUUAUAAUUAUAUUUCAGACAAUUAUUCAGGCAAUUAAGACUAAUAACCUAUGUAUUUAACUAACUAAUUUAUUGCUGAUGAUGAUCACAAUAAGUAUAAUCAUUAGAUAGAAUUAAGUUAAUAAGAUGACAUGAGUAUCUUUUAAUUAGAAAUAUAAAAUUUAGGAAAUAUUCAUCAUUAGUAUGAAAACUCGUAGGAUCAAUUUAUUCAACUCCCAUUCAAAGAAGACUUGAAUUUAAAUUAAAAAGAAGACAAAGAAGACAGUUUUGAUUAACUUUAAAAAUCUACUCCAUCAAGUUAUGAAGAAUAAAAAGAAAAUGUUUUGUUCAAACUACUUUAAAAAAAAGUAGAACCUAAUAUACAAUUUAAAUAAACUUUUUAAAAAAACUUAUAUAAAAAGGAAACACAAACAAGAUCGAAAAAUAGGAAAAUUAAAAGUGAAACAAAUGCUUUAGAUCCUAAAUAUGAAACAAUUAAAUACUAAGAAGAACUAGCCACAGAAAUUAAAUAAAUAGGCAAAAAUAAACCUUCUAAAAAAAAUCCUCCUAAAUUUUCGAAAAGUUCUGAAAAAAUUAAACCAAAAAAUGAUCAAUCAAAUGAUAUAUCAUCUAAAAAAGAGCUAAAUAAAAGGUUGAGAAAAAAAAAAAAUAUCUCUUCCAAUGAUUCUAAUGAUCAAAUAAAUACAAAUACAGAAUAAAAUAAUUUCUUAAAUCAUGACAAAGACAAACCUAACUUAAAAGGAAUAAAUAGAACUAGAUAUUCUGCAUCCACAUAGAAACAUUCAAACAAAGCUAAAUCUUAGAAUAAUAAAAUAGGAAGUUAAUAGAAAAUGAAAUAAAAAUGA